ACUGCUACUAGACACAGAAUCUCGUGAAGCGAAAGCUUCUUUUAUUCUUUUCACAACCAUUUCAACCAUUUGGAUAACCUUGGAGUUUGAAUGUCUUAAAAUUUUAAGGUCAGGGUCACUGUUAUCGAGUGGUCGUCGUUUCAACAACAUAACCUUGUGAUAUUCUGAAAAAGUGUGAUGAAACUGGCAUUCGUAACUGGGUCAAACAAAGGGAUUGGAUAUAGCAUUGUUGAAAAGCUUGCAGAAUUUUAUGGGUCAUCAGGAGAGUGGGAUAUUUAUCUAACAGCUCGAAAUGUUGAGCUUGGUCAGGAAGCUGUGGAGAAGCUCAGUAAAAAGGGCCUGGAUGUUAAAUUUCAUCAACUAGAUAUAACUGAUCGAGAUAGUCGAAAAGCGUUCCUAACAUUUGUAGAGAGAAACUAUCCUAAUGGAAUCAACAUUGCAGUGAAUAAUGCUGGAUUUGCCUACAAAGUUAACUCCACGGCUCCCUUUGGCGAGCAAGCACGAGUUACGGUGAACACCAACUUCACAUCAACCAUUGAUUUCACGGAAGAGUUCAUUCCUUUGCUGGCUAAACAUGCUAGGGUUGUCAAUGUAUCUAGUUCUGUUUCUCUAACCAGUCUCAAGAAACUUAGUGAUGAUCUUUACGAAAAGUUCGUUAGCCCAAUAAAUCUUUUGGAACUUCGAACACUCAUCUCCGAGUUUGUAAAGUCCGCUGAGGAUGGUACUUAUUCUGAAAAAGGUUGGCCACAAAAUGCUUAUGGUGUGUCUAAAAUAGGCCUUACAAAGGCUUCAUUUAUUUUCGGUGAAAUGCUGAAAGAUGAUCCAAGAGGGAUUGUGAUAAAUUCGUGUUGUCCUGGUUAUUGCGAUACUGAUAUGACUAGUCACAAGGGAACCAAAACAGCUGAUGAGGGUGAAAUGAACAAUCGUGGUAUUCGAUAUCUUGAGCCACUGUAGAUCAGUAAGCAAAUCUUCGAGCCAAUAGUUUCAUCUUGUUGAUGCCGGAAUGUACAUUGUGGAAUCGACGUUUUUUGGACGACCAUUUCGUCAGCAGACAUAAUAAACGAGUCAAAAAUCAUGAAUGUGUCCCGCCGGCGAAAAUACCGUAGCAGUUCUCCUUGAAAACGACUGUUUGGCUACUUGGUUCUGAUACACCUUUUUACUUGGCCACUUUACCUAUUGGAUCAAAGGAACCAAUUAAUCAAUUCGUUUACGAAAGGAAGGUAGUCAGGUGGUCUAAAUGAUCCUCAGGCCAAUUUUACGUUUCUCAGGAAUGUAAACAGAAUGUUAUUGACUAGUUUUACUAUUUCGCAGUCUGAACCACAAUAUUUUCUUCACGUGAUUCCUCUGCUAAUAGUGAUUUUUCUUACUUA